GUUUUUGUAGUUUUUUAAAUAUUUGGUAGUGGAAUUGAAAGUGUUGUGUUUUUUUUUCUGUAAGAAAAUUCUAUUAAAAUUGAAUUCUUCAAUAUGAAAAUAUCGUUCAGUUUAUUAAUUGUUGUGGCAGUUUUAUCUGUAAAUAAAGCUGAUGACUUCGAUUAUCGUUAUCAAUCUAAGUGGUAUGAUGUUAAUGAUCAGUGCAGUUAUAAUCGUCAAUCACCCAUUGAAUUAAGUUCGGAAGAGGCUGUAUUCUCCACAGACAUACCCGCCCUACGAUUUCUAAACUACAAUCUAACUUACAAAGACGUUGUAGUGUCCAACAAUGGCCAUACUGCCAAUUUACAAUUGCCCAAGCCCGAUGGUUAUAUGGACAGUUUAUGGCAAAUAUACGAUAGAUUCUUGCCCACCAUCUCCGGUGGCUUGCUGUUGGAUGGCCGUUUCAUCACAGAGUCUGUGCACUUUCAUUGGGGCUCCAAGGAUACUCAUGGCUCUGAACAUGUCAUUGACAAUCAACGCUACUCCAUGGAAAUGCACAUAUUGCAUCGCAAUACAAAAUAUCAAACAGUUGAGGAGGCCAAAAAGCAUACAGAUGGUUUAGCUGUAUUGGCUGUUUUCUAUCAUGUUAAGCCAACUCAACUAACUGCCUUCAAGGGCUUGGAACAUAUUAUUGAUUCUCUGGUUGGCAUCAAGGAAUUCAGUCAUUCAUCACAAAUUGCAAACUUCACAUUGUCCGAACUGUUUGGUGACAUGUCUCCUUUGGAGUUUUAUACAUAUCAAGGCUCUUUGACCACACCACCCUGUUCACAGGCCGUUCAAUGGAUUGUUUUUCCACAAGUGAUUAAUAUUUCUCAUGCCCAAAUGAAACGUUUCCGUUCACUGUCCGACAGUCAUGGUGAGGUGCUCGAAAACAAUUAUCGCCAUUUACAGCCCAAGGGGGCGAGAAAAGUGUUUUAUCGGCAAAAGCACACUUUAAUUGAUGACGUCAUUAGUUCACCCAACUUUUGGUCGGUUGUGGAUAAAUUGAAACCAGAACCCUGGCAAAGUAGUAUAAUAAUGAAUGCUUUGUCCAACAAAAACAACAACAAUUAAUCAGUUGCAUACGACUUGGAUUUGUAAUACUGGUAUCUAUCAAAAAUUAUUUAGACUGAUUAGUAAAAAGGGGAAAAUAACAUAACUGCAGGCAGUCAAUAUGCUGGUCGUUUAAGUUUUAGUAAA